UGUCACCUGUAAAAGACGAAAAUUUUGGUUCGGAGAUCGUGUUUUUAUAAUUUCUUAGGUUUAGUUUUAACAAUGAAGAAUUUAAUCUUAUGGGAUGUGUCUAAAAAGAAUCACAAGAUAAAUGCGGAAGAUGUUUUAACCCUAAGUUACAGCCAUAAUGAACGUAGUUGUGCUGAGCUGUAUACAUGUUCACUUAACCUCCAAGUCACCAACAUUGCUGAUGAUGGUAAAGUUAAAUGGCAGAAAGACCUUUCCGACGUCAUAUUAAAUAAAAGCAAACCAGUUAACGUGACUUAUCUUUCGUUACUGGAUACAUUGUGUGUGGGAUUAGAAGAUGGAGAGCUUGUUACAAUUGCCGAGUCUGGUAGCAUAUGUGAGCUGGCUGGAGUGUGUGAAAGUGGCAUUUUGGCUAUGGAGUGGAGCCCAGACCAAGAGUUACUGGUAUUAGCUACAAAAAGUUACGAUACUAUAUUGAUGUCAUGCACAUAUGACACUAUACAGGAAGUAAACCUCUUGGAUGAGGAAUUUGGUCAGCGAAAAUUUAUGACUGUUGGCUGGGGCAAAAAAGAAACGCAAUUCCAUGGGUCUGAAGGCAAACAGGCAGCAAAAGUGAAAACAGAAAUUACACCAGAAUCAGGAGUAGAUGAUUCAAUCAAAAUAACAUGGAGAGGCGAUGGAAACAUGUAUGCCAUUGGUUUUAAUAUGGACGGUUUAAGAAGAUUUAAAGUCUUUGACAGAGAAGGUCAUCUUCUGUACACAAGUGAAAAGCAACCAGGUUUGGAAGCCAAUCUAUCAUGGAGACCCAGUGGAAAUGUCAUUACUACAACACAAAGACUUUCUGAUCAGUAUAUUGUAUCAUUUUUUGAGAAAAAUGGUCUAAAACAUGGCAGUUUCUCCAUACCAGUAAAGCCUACAGCUUACGUUGAACAUAUUACUUGGAGUUCAGAUUCUGAAAUACUUACAUUGCUGUGUGGAAGCAUUGAAACAAACACACAAGAGCUACUCUUAUUCACAUCAAGUAAUUACCACUGGUUUCACAAACAGACUCUACAGUUCAAAAGUGAGCAGAGAAUAAACAAAAUCAUCUGGGAUAAUGAUUUUGAUGUUUCAAGUCAUAAAACCCUGCAUAUAUUUUUACAAAAUGGUCAACACUUGGUGUAUAAAUGGAUUUGGAAUGUAGACCACAGCAGAGGCCAGAGUUCUGAUGAUGAUGCUGUGGUGGCUGUGAUAGAUGGAAAAAAACUUUUGGUUACUGGUUUCAGACAAACAGUGGUGCCUCCACCAAUGUCUGCUGCAGAAAUUGAGUUAGACUCCCCCAUUAACUGUGUACAAUUUGCUCCCUCAGAACAGGGUGUUUGUAGUAACAACUUUUUUGUUAUCACUACUAAUAAUAAGCUUAUUUUUUAUGAACAGAAACAAAAGUUCCCUUUGGAGUAUAACCAAUCACAAGUUUUAAAUAUAGAAGUCAGUGAUUUCCCAUACCAAUAUUAUAACUGGUUUUGGAUGAACCAUGACACUAUUUUAUGCACAAAAGCAGAAUAUGGAAGCUGUUAUGUACUAGAAUACAGAUUUGAACCUGGGAAGUUUGUCCAAGACAGUAGGACAUUGCUACCUGGUGGGGGCUUAAGAAUACAACCACAUCCUGCUAAGAAUACAGUGGUAUUUAUACAGCUAAGAAAUGGAGAAAUUGUAAGGUAUGACAAGGGAGGUUCUAUAGAGUCUCAAGGCAUGUCUUUUUCAGUAGCUUGUCCAAAAUUCAGUCUGCUUUUCAUAGACGAAACAUUGUAUUACUUGGGCUUGUCCCACAAAAAUACCUUGAACAUUAAUGGGAAUGUUAUCAUGAAUGGAGUAAGCUCUUAUUUUGUUCACACUCACUUUUUACUUAUAACUACAUUACAACAUUUACUGUUAUGCACUGAAUUGACAAAGUUAGGACUUGAUGCAAUAAUUCAGUAUCAAACCAAUGAAUCAUCAGAAAAGAUCUACAAAAGGAAAAUAGAAAGGGGAACAAAAUUAGUAGUUGCAGUUGCAAAUGAUACCAGAACAGUCUUUCAAAUGCCAAGAGGAAACUUGGAAGCUAUUCAACCAAGGCCACUGUCAUUGAAAGUAAUUGGUGAAUACCUUGAUGCAAAGCAAUAUCAUGAAGCAUUUGAUUUGAUGAGGAAGCAGAGGAUCAAUUUGAACUUAAUUUAUGAUCAUGAUCCAAUAAAGUUUGUUGAAUCCAUUGAUAUAUUCCUGGGAUCUAUACAAAAUGUUUCCUGGCUAACACUUUUCCUGUCAGAUUUAGAAAAUGUGGAUGUGACCAAAACAAUGUACGCAAGUAGUUACCCAAAUAAACCAAGAAGCACAGUGAGCCACAUAAAGGUACACACUAUUUGUGACAUGGUUCGUUCACAUUUAAAGCAAAGGGCUGAUAUUGACCAUAAAAUAGUGCCUUUGCUGACUACGUAUGUGAAGAAAAAUACUGUGGAAGAUCUGGAAAGUGCACUUUCCAUCAUCAAAAAACUGAAAACAAGAGAAAACAGUGGAUCGAAACUAGCCAUUGGAUCAGAUGAUGCUAUUAAAUAUUUGCUUUAUAUGGUAGAUGUUAAUGAGCUGUUUAAUAUAGCUCUAGGUAUGUACGACUUUGGUUUAGUUCUGCUUAUCGCUGACAAGUCUCAAAAGGACCCAAAGGAGUACAUCCCUAUGUUAAAUGAAUUGAAUGAAAUGGACGAAAACUAUAAACAGUUCUCAAUUAAUAAAUAUUUGAAGAGAUUCAGUAAGGCUGUCAAGUGCCUGGUGAUGUGUGGUCCUGAAAAGUAUGAGGAGCUGAAAACACUUGUGAAGUACCACAGCCUAUACAGGGAGGCGUUGGAUCAAUUUCCUGUGGGAAGUGACAUCUACAAGGAAAUAUCAAAUGAUUUUGGACAUCACUUACAACUAAAAAAACAACAUGUUGAAGCAGGGAUUGUUUUUGAAAGAGCUGGAAACUAUGAAAAGGCUGUUGAAUGUUAUAAAGAUGCAUUAGAGUGGGAAUUAGCUAUAGAAGUAGCAUACAACAGGUGGACAUCAGAUCAUUUUAAGGAAUUGUGCUGGGAUCUUGUGAAUGCCUUAAAGGAAGAAAAACGUCAUAAUGAAGCACUAAAUAUUUUAGAGAAAUAUUAUGACGAUUGUGAAAAAACUAUAUCCUAUGCAAUUGAAAGUGGACAUUACAAAACUGCAUUGAGACUAUGUUCACAACACAGCAAAUCUGACUUGAGGGAAACAACAUUAGUGCCAGCUGUUCUUGAAGAUUAUACAAACUUGAAAGAAUUAAUAGAUGCAAAUUGGAGCAAUUUCACAAAGCAUAGAGACCGUCUGCAAGUAGUUAGAGAAAAUAAAAAUAAGGGACCCAGUGAAAUAUAUGAUCCUUCUUACGCCAUCAGAGACUGCGACUUGUAUUCUGACGCUGGUAGUACUUUAGCAUCUUCAUCUAGGGGUUCAAGUCGAAGCUUCCGGUCAAGCAAAAAUAGGAGAAAACAUGAGCGAAAAUUAGCAUCUCUAAAAGAAGGCUCACAGUACGAAGAUGUAGCACUUAUAAUGGCCCUUCACACUGUCGUCACAUCAACAUUCGAAUUACGGCUACAAGUGAAGCAACUCAAUGUAGCUUUAAGCUGCCUGGAUAAAGACAAGGAAGCAUUAAUCUUACAAAUGACACUGGAAAAGUGUUUGAAAGAGAUGAAAGAUAGUUUCAGAGAUAUUUGGACUAAUGAUCUAGUAAUGGAAGCAACAAAGGCUACAAUAGCAGCACAGACUGGUCCAGAAACUGGGAGUAAACUUGAGGGCAUAGCUACUUUAGAACCGCACAUAAGAAUUGCACCAGUAAUCCAAGAUGUAAAAUGGAAACUGGAAGGCUUAAACUAGUGAUGGUGCCUCCCUGAACCAGACCAGUUGGAUAUUCAACUUUCCAUGAAAAACAUGAAUCAAUUCAGCAAUCAAAAAUUUUGUAUAGCACUGUUACACCCUCAACUUGAUAUCAACC